AGAACUGAGUACAAUCUUAAGCAAAGGUCUUACAAUACAAAGACAGUAAAAAGCUUUUACUCUAAAAGGCGAAAAGCUCUGAACAUCUAUCUAUGUAUCUUUCUAUCUAUCCAUCCCUCACGUCUUCCGUCUUGCGUCAACACCCAAACUGUCCUGCUCGCGCUAUCCGGAAGUUAGCAGCUUAGAUGGUGCUUUGCUAGACAACAUCAAAUUUUAGUUGACAACUCAUUAGCUUGAAAUGACCACCAGUCUGACAUGGAGGUUAAAACGCUACGGGCGUUUCGUCCCCUCCUCCAGAGAGACAGGAGGGAAGCCUUGGAAGGUAUUUGAGGCCCUAGGUGACAAACCUGUAAUUGUCCUCACAAUAGUGGAAUCGGGAUACUUGCUGAUAUUGCAAGGACAAGAAAGUUUGGAUACAAUUCCUUUGCUCUGUGGCUCUGAUUCUCUCAAAGUACAUCAGAAAUCUGAUAACUUGUUAGUUCGCUUUACUGUGCAGGGAGAGAGCCGCAUGGUAAGGAUGCAGUUUGAUGGAAGAGGCAGAACCGAGGCCAUAGAUGAGUGUUCAAGUGCUGUGGCAAAGCUGAUGGAGUAUGUUCCUGUCACCACUCAGGAUGACGUCCCACUGCACCCUAAUCAGCCACCUACUGAGGGCCCUGCACCAGCAACACAGCAUACUUGUCAAGGGAAGGCUGUGGGAGUUGAGCCUGAGGUCGUCCAAGGAUCUUUGUCCAUCAAGCGCCUUACCCAGCACUUCUUGGGAGAGGCUGCUUUGACUCUGCCUAAAAUGUAUCAUCGCAGUUCUUUGGCACAAGGUGACUUGGAGUCCAUCUUGCGUGUUUGUAUGUUGGAUCCCACCUUUUAUGCAUUUGUAGAGAAUAUGGAGGGGGAACUGAAGAAACUGCUUGAAGAGUAAAGAAUCCUAACAACAGUUGAAGGCAGAAAGGUCAAGUCAGUGCAAAGUGUGUACGUGUGUGUUUUCUUCUACAGUUUGUGUAGGCUGUGCAUUUUGGAGGUGGAGCAUUUCUUGCUGUGCUGCUGGUGUUCUCUGAAAUGCUUUUACACAUUAUUUGCUAUGGUAUAUGGAUAUAGAGGAUAAUUUGA